ACAGAGACGAGGAAACCUCGCAUAUCAUCUGGCACACACUAAUCAAUAGCCACGACAGCAAAUCCAAAUCUGAGCUACUCCAUUGUGUGCGUUGUCCCUCAUCUCCCUCUCCAUGGACACACUUCUUCAAAAGCUCCAACUUUGCUCAUUGGCUGUUUCUCCAAUCUCGAACUCUUCCUCUUUUUCUCUAACGUUCCACAUUUCUCCUUGUGGGUUAGUUUAACUCAUCGCUUGAGAUCCUUGACGUCAUCUAGUGAGGGAAAUGGCGUCUUUGGGGACUCUCUCUUUGGUUUUGGACGUCUACCCGUUGUACAAAGCCGAGCAGAGGAUCUCAUAUUUUAGCGGGGGCGUCCUGAAAGUUAGGUCUUUGAAAGCUGAAAAUCGUCAGUUCUCGGUCAGCUGCGGUGCGGGUGAGGAGGGUUUUGAGGUUUCGUCACUGCAAAGGAAGCUUGUUCAGAAGAGCUUUCCGCAAAUUGCUGAAGAAGGGGAAGCUGGCUCUUCUAUUAGCUCGGUGCAGCAAGAACUUUUUGACAUUCAUUCCAGCUUCAACGUGCAUAUAGAUGCAACAGAAGCCAAACCAUCAGAAAUUCCAUUUCUUGGUGCCUCUAGAAACUUUCGUGAUAAAUCAAAUGAACUUGAUGGUGGGUUACCAGAUGGAAAGGCUUCUGUAGGAGAUAUUGGAUUACUCAAACAGGCCAAUUUGACCCCCAAAUCUGUAGCACCACCUCAGGAAUCUAAGCUACAAGUUAGUGAAAAGUAUGAGACAGAAGAUGUAAAAUUGGAGGACCUGAUAGAACCACAUGCCAUUAGUUUAGGUUUUGGGAAUGAUUUAGCCCCAGAGGAAGAUAACAAGCCUUCUCUUCCUUUGGCUGGGGUCAAUGUCAUGAAUAUCCUAUUUGUAGCUGCAGAAUGUGGUCCUUGGUCCAAAACAGGAGGGCUUGGAGAUGUUGCUGGAGCUUUGCCAAAGGCUUUAGCUAGGCGAGGCCAUCGGGUGAUGGUUGUGGUACCAAUGUAUGGUGACUAUCCUGAACCAGAAAACACAGGAGUGCGCAAAAGGUAUAAGGUUGAUGGACAGGAUAUUGAAGUAUCCUAUUACCAUGCCUACAUUGAUGGGGUAGAUUUUGUAUUUCUUGAGUGUUCGCUGUUUAGGCACUGUCAGCAUAACAUAUAUGGUGGAGAUAGGCUGGAGAUACUGAAACGGAUGAUUUUGUUUUGUAAAGCAGCUGUAGAGGUUCCCUGGCAUGUUCCAUGUGGAGGUGUCUGUUAUGGAGAUGGAAAUCUAGUUUUUAUUGCUAAUGAUUGGCACACCGCACUAUUACCCGUUUAUCUGAAAGCCUAUUACCGUGACCAUGGAGUGAUGAAGUAUGCUCGAUCUGUUUUGGUCGUACACAACAUAGCUCAUCAGGGUCGCGGUCCUGUGGAAAACUUUUUCCAUGUGGAUCUUCCAGAACAGUACCUGGACCUUUUCAAGCUCUAUGAUCCAGUUGGUGGUGAUCACUUCAACAUAUUUGCAGCUGGCCUGAAAACCGCUGACCGGGUGGUUACCGUCAGCCAUGGCUAUGCAUGGGAGCUGAAGACCUCUGAAGGUGGCUGGGGCCUCCAUGAGAUCAUCAACCACAAUGACUGGAAAUUUCGAGGUAUCGUGAAUGGGAUCGACACCAACGAUUGGAACCCGAAGUUCGACGUUUACCUCCAAUCCGAUGGUUACACCAACUACUCCCUCAAAACACUUAAAACCGGCAAACCCAAAUGCAAGGCUGCCUUGCAGAAAGAAUUAAGUCUACCUCUCCGCCCCAAGGUUCCAGUCAUUGCUUUCAUUGGGAGAUUGGAUCAUCAGAAAGGAGUGGACCUCAUAGGAGAUGCUAUGCCAUGGAUUGCUAGUCAAGAUGUGCAGCUAAUCAUGCUAGGAUCAGGAAGACCAGACCUUGAAGACAUGUUGAGAAGGUUUCAGGAACAGUACCAUGACAAGGUGAGAGGAUGGGUUGGUUUUUCUGUGAAAAUGGCGCACCGAAUCACUGCAGGGGCUGACAUUCUACUCAUGCCAUCGAGAUUCGAGCCUUGUGGACUGAACCAGCUCUAUGCGAUGACCUAUGGAACUGUUCCAGUGGUGCAUGCCGUGGGAGGAUUGAGGGAUACUGUCACUCAGUAUGAUCCUUUUAAGGAAACUGGGCAUGGAUGGACCUUCGAUAGAGCUGAGGCUGGGAAGCUCACAAAUGCACUGGGUAAUUGUUUGAAUACUUACUGGAACUAUGAAAGUAGCUGGGAGGGUCUUCAGAUGCGAGGAAUGACGCAGGAUCUCAGCUGGGACAAUGCUGCUAAGAUUUAUGAGGAAGUUCUUGUGGCUGCCAAGUAUCAAUGGUGAGUUUCAGACCGUUCUUUCUUAAGCUGAUGAACAGAGAUGCUGUAUUUUUUGUAUGUUAUUGCAGCUUUUCUGAAAGCAGUUUCUUGUUCCAUUAGAUAUUAGAUAGAGCAGGAAUUUAUGCUGUAUAUUGUAUGAUAAGUUGUAUUAAGUUCAGUGAUCCUGCUGGCUUCCUGCUAAAACGUCUUCUUACAACUUCUUUGUGUUUUUUAUUAUUUGGUAUGAAGGGAUAACCAAUAAAUUGAAGAGCGAACCAA